ACUUCCCUAAUCUACAGUAGCCAUUUUAACUGCACUAAACUGUUGGACUUGUUAUUACUGUUUUGUCUUUGGAUCUUACAAUUUAGAUCAAGGAGUAAAUUCCAGAGGAAAGGCUGCGAGGAAUGUUGUCCGUAUGUGGUGACUACGGUGCUGUUCACUCUGAUGGUGCAAGGAAGGUAAUGGAAGGAUCAAGACGUCCUUCUAUUUAUAUAGACCCCAUCUGGAUCCUGCCAUGGCUGUUACUCACUUUUUUAAAAACUGCAAGAAAUUCUGAACAUAGAUGUCUUGAUGUCUAAUCUGAAAAGUGAAAAAGAAAACAAAUCUGAUCAUGCAUCUGUGUCCGUGUUAUGUGCACCAAAUCAGAACUGACUUGCAGUGACCAUAACAGUGCUUUGAAGUGAUUUCUGGAUGAGAAAAGUAUUUGAGAAGGGAUUUCAUAAUUUACCUGUCUUGGCAAAGAAGAGACUCUUGGAAGAGCGACUGUACAAAAUAACCUGCUUGGGCCCCUGGCGGACUUCAAAGUCUGCUUCAUCACACAAGUCAUUCUUGGUGAUAAACACUGCUUCUGUACACUGAAGGAGUAUUUUUAUUACAUGCGGAACUGAGACCUUGGAAUGCUCUAUUAUGGCAGCAGCGGUGCAGCAGAAUGACCUGAUGUUUGAAUUUGCCAGUAAUGUCAUGGAGGAUGAGCAACAGUUGGGUGAUCCAUCUAUCUUUCCUGCUGUCAUUGUGGAACACAUUCCUAGUGCUGAUCUCCUGAACAAUUACUCUGGUUUGUCCUGUGUUACUGAACCAAGUGACAUGAUAACAGAGAAUUCACUGGAUGUUGCAGAAGAAGAAAUUAUAGAAGAUGAUGGUAUCACCCUUACAGGUGUCAUCCCAAAUCCAGCAUUUCUAAACUUACUUCAGACUGUGUCAUCUGAUCAUCAACUGUGGUUUAGAAAUUCAGACAUCACAACAAACCAUGUUGAAGCAUCCUGUCAAAAUGGAGAUGAAACCAUGCAAACAAUUGAAGCUGCCGAAGCCCUUCUCAAUAUGGAUUCCCCUGAGCCAGUGCUGGAUGAGAAGAGAUCAGCACAUAUAUUUGGAGCCGAGAGUGAAGGUGACAUCGGUCCUGUUACUCAUGUGUCAGUUACAGUGGAUGGGAUUCCAGAAGUACUAGAGGUUCACCAAAUCCGAGACACAGAUGCUGAAUCACAAAGCACUCCAGCACUUGAACAACCAAAGAAGAAGAAAGGGAAGAAACCAAAAACUACUCGCCCAGAAUCACCACCUCUGACUCCAAAUAUUACACUGAAAAAGAAAAACAAAGAUGGGAAGGGAAAUACAAUUUAUCUUUGGGAGUUCUUACUAGCACUGCUUCAGGACAAGGCUACUUGUCCAAAGUACAUUAAAUGGACUCAAAGAGAUAAGGGCAUUUUUAAACUAGUCGAUUCCAAGGCUGUGUCGAGGUUGUGGGGAAAGCACAAAAACAAACCUGAUAUGAAUUAUGAAACAAUGGGCAGAGCUCUCAGGUAUUAUUACCAAAGAGGCAUUCUGGCCAAAGUAGAAGGGCAACGUUUGGUGUAUCAGUUUAAAGUAAUGCCAAAAGAUCUAAUCUACAUAGACGAUGAUGAUCCCAGUUCUAGUACAGAUUCCCCUGAUUCAUCAUUACUCUCAACACCUGUGACUAACAGAAACCAAGUGAGCAAGUCAAAAGGAUCUUCAAACGCAGGGCCAAGAGGAGGAUCUACUACUGUUUUAAAGAUACCAGUCAACUCCAAGUCUACCAAACUAAAGCAAACUACAGAAGCAGUACAACAGCAGUUGCCUACCAUGGCAUCAGAAGCCUUGAGGACAAUGCAGUCUACUCAGCCAAUACAACCAACUCAGCUUUAUCGGACAGUUCAUUUAAUGCAGUCCAUGCCAGAAGGACACACAGCUGUGUUGGAUGAAACACUGAAUUCUUCUGUUCAAAACAUAAGGACAAUCCAAACCCCAGGCCAAGUUCCAGUAGUUGUUUCGCCUGGGAACCAGCAGCUGCAUACUGUAACGCUCCAGACAGUGCCUCUAACAACAGUGAUAGCCAGUUCAGACCCAGCAUCUGCAACAACAUCCCAAAAGUUUAUUCUGCAAGCCAUCCCAACAUCACAGUCCAUGACACUGCUUAAGGAGAACAUCAUGCUGCAGUCUCCAAAGCCCGUCUCGCCUCCUUCGUCUAUUGUCUUCAGUCCUGCUCAGGUGCACCAAGUUCUCACCACCAAUAUGCAGACAAUUUGCAAUGGAACAGUCAAUGUGGCUUCUUCACCAUCUUUCAGCACUGCUACCUCCAUGGUAACUAUGACACCGAGCAGUUCACAAGUAGUUGCUCAACCAUCCAAUACUGUAAUCACAUCAGUUAUUAAAGCACCAGAAACUAAACCGACUGUUAUACAAGAGGUGAUAAAAUCAGAAGCAGAGAAUGGAACAGCAGAAGAAUACAAACUGUCAGAGCAGAGUUUUCAACAGCAGCCUUUUGUGGUAAUGGUAUCAAGUUCAAAUGGAUUUCCCUCAGCUGUACAGAUUAAACAAGAAAGUGAACAGUUGGAGCCAAGUCCAUUUGAGUAAAACAGUAAAUUGAACAUGUGGAUGGUGAUUUUCCUCAGCAUGGUAGGACUUCAUCCAUCCUGUACUGUAUAUAUCUUUUGAUUCCAAAACAGGCAUUACAAGGCUACUCUAAUUUCUGAAAUUAAUUUGUAGAAGUAAUAUUGUAGACUUGAUUUCAAUUUUUUUCCAUGAAUAAUAUAAAUGUUUCAAAAUGCAAGUGUGAAGGAUUAUGCAGCUUGUAUUUUUUUAGAUCACUGUUCAAAAAUUCCAGAUUUCUUAUGUGUCAUGCAAUACUUGCCCAUCUUGCUUAAUUAUGUAAUAGUACUGUAAUCCAUGCUUUCAAGCAAUAGGUGAUUUCCACAAAGGUGUUUUUGUCAUUCCAUAUAUGUGAUAAUUUUAGUAAAUUCCAAAGAUCUAUUUCAUGCCAGUAGACCCAAAGAUUCUUGUUUUUAUUUGUACAGUAUGCAGGCUGAUGGUGUAAAGUUAAUUUGUUUUCCCCAAAGAUUGCUCAUUGUGGAAAAUAAAAGGGAAACACCUCCAUUAUCAAGAAGAUGGUUACCAUUUACAUCUUUACACCAUUUGUAUAUUUUCUGUUUUGAUAAUUUUCACAUGUCUGUUUGAUAUAUGUGUUUACCAAAACUGAAGGUAUCACUACAAGUGCAAUUUUUUUUCAGAUGACUUUAAUCCUUAAAUUUUAAAAGGCGUAGUUUGUUUCCCAUUAUUUUGUAAGGAGGUGUUAAAAAAAAAACGGGACCUGCAAAAGUAUUUUGAGAUUGAAAUGUUUCUAUAAAGGUAUGUUUUCUAUUGUAAAUAUGUAAUUUAAUUUCUCAAAGAUUUUUUCAUAAAAAGUUCUUUCAACAGAGCAAUAUUUUAUAGAUACAAAUAAGAUCAUUAUGUUUGGAGCUCUAAUAUUAUCUAUAUUCAUAUAUUACAAAGAGAAGUUGUAUUUAAAAACAAAAAUUUAAACAUGUGGGACUCCUCUGAACCCUUUUGUCCUUUUGUAUUUUAAUUGGUUUAUUAUGAAAAUAAAUCAAGUACAGCACCUUUGUAUAAUCUUC